GGCCGGGCUCCACCCCCUGCUUCCGUCGCGAGCCGAGGCCGCGCGGGUUCCUGAGCUGCGGCCUGGUGCGCGCGCUGUGAGGGCGACGGAGGCAGACAGACACGGACUCUACCCGAGUCGAAGCCGGAGGAGUCUUUGUUGUGAGGGGCCGCCGCAGCCGCCGCGAGCCUCCAGACCGACGCUAGGCCGAAGAGGGCGCCGCGCGGCGGACUUGGCAAGAUGACCCAAUUCCUGCCGCCCAAUCUUCUGGCCCUCUUUGCCCCUCGUGACCCCAUCCCAUAUCUGCCACCACUGGAGAAACUGCCACAUGAAAAACACCACAAUCAACCUUACUGUGGCAUUGCGCCAUACAUCCGAGAGUUUGAGGACCCUCGAGAUGCCCCUCCUCCAACUCGUGCAGAAACCAGGGAGGAACGUAUGGAGAGGAAGAGACGGGAAAAGAUUGAGCGGCGACAGCAGGAAGUAGAGACGGAGCUAAAAAUGUGGGACCCUCACAAUGAUCCCAAUGCUCAGGGUGAUGCCUUCAAGACUCUAUUUGUGGCUAGAGUGAACUAUGACACAACAGAAUCCAAGCUCCGGAGAGAAUUUGAGGUGUACGGACCCAUCAAAAGAAUACACAUGGUCUACAGUAAGCGGUCAGGAAAGCCCCGAGGCUAUGCCUUCAUCGAGUAUGAACACGAGCGAGACAUGCACUCCGCUUACAAGCACGCAGACGGCAAGAAGAUUGAUGGCAGAAGGGUCCUUGUGGAUGUGGAGAGGGGCCGAACCGUGAAGGGCUGGAGGCCCCGGCGGCUAGGAGGUGGCCUCGGUGGUACCCGAAGAGGUGGAGCCGACGUGAACAUCCGGCAUUCAGGCCGCGAUGAUACGUCCCGCUACGACGAGAGGCCCGGCCCCUCCCCGCUUCCCCACAGGGACCGGGACCGGGACCGCGAGCGGGAGCGCAGAGAGCGGAGCCGGGAGCGAGACAAGGAACGGGAACGGCGACGCUCCCGCUCUCGGGACCGGCGGAGGCGCUCACGGAGUCGCGACAAGGAGGAACGGAGGCGCUCCAGAGAGCGGAGCAAAGACAAGGACCGAGAACGGAAGCGGCGAAGCAGCCGGAGCAGGGAGCGGGCCCGGCGGGAGCGCGAGCGCAAAGAGGAGCUGCGUGGCGGUGGCGGCGGCGGCGGCGGCGGCGACAUGGCGGAGCCCUCUGAGGCUGGUGAUGCUCCCCCUGAUGACGGUCCUCCUGGGGAGCUCGGUCCUGAUGGCCCUGAUGGUCCAGAGGAGAAGGGCCGGGAUCGGGACCGGGAACGACGGCGGAGCCACAGGAGUGAGCGCGAACGGCGCCGGGACCGUGACCGAGACCGGGAUCGCGAGCACAAGCGGGGGGAGCGGGGCAGUGAGCGGGGCAGGGAUGAGGCCCGAGGUGGGGGUGGCGGCGGCCAGGACAACGGGCUGGAGGGUCUGGGCAAUGACGGCCGAGACAUGUAUAUGGAGUCUGAGGGAGGCGACGGGUAUCUUGCUCCAGAGAACGGGUAUUUGAUGGAGGCUGCACCAGAGUGAAGAGGUCCUCUCCGCUUGCUUUGUUUGGACGUGAUCCCGCCUACCCUCCUGCUGUCAUCCUCUCCCCCAACCUUGGCCACCUAAGUUUGCCCUCUGAGGGCAGGAGUUUCAUUAUUUGUUCUGGCCCCUUGUAUUUCAAAAUAAAAUUAAUUUCCUGUUG